CACUCUUUUGUUAGCCAUGCCUAGCCUGCUGGUUCUAGCAGGGAUCAUGGAGAAAAAUGGGGGUUACGGCGGGGAUCUAGCCGGCUCCGGGUUCGGAAGCGAAGGUCUCCUAGUGCCACCCGACGAGGAAGAAGACGACUCCCGUGCCCUGAGGGUCGCGCUGGGCCAGCUGUCUCUACUGGGGCUUGGUGAAGGCGAGGACGGCGGCGGGGCUCCUGGAACGGGAGUACAGGAUCGGAGUAACAAUAACAAUAACCAUCACAACCAUACCAAUAAUAUUGGCGGAGGUGGUGGGGACACAGGGCUUUUGCAAGGGAAGAGCAAGUUAUGUGUCCUGUACGAGGGUUCUUCAAGUGAGACGAAAGGACGAGGCUGCAACAUAACAGAAUGCGUCCCCGUGCCCAGCUCGGAACAUGUGGCCGAAAUAGUGGGGAGACAAGGUAAAGAUUCCAACCAAAUGUUCCUAUUUAAAGUUAUGUUGCUGUUCUGAGCUAAAUGUGUCUACCUGUAGUUUGUAGGGUGUUUUUAUAAUGCUCUAUAACUGUUAGCUGGUGUUAUUGAUAUAGAAAAGGGAGUGGUGUUGUUUUUUGUUGUAUUCUACACAGGCUUCCUUACCACUCUUUGGCCAUGGUAACAAAUCUGUUUCAAGUUAACAUACUGUGGCAGAAACUGCAACGUUGUUGCAACUAGGCUCGGUUCUAUUGUCUGUCUAGUGAAUUUCAAACGUGGGGAGACACAAAGCAGGACUGUAACCGUUACCUCAUGGGCGCAUUAUUCUACAUCCAGCCAUCAAUGUCAGCUCACAGACGCACACUUCAGGCAGGGAUAGCACUUGCUUCCUUUGUCGUCUGAACGCGCGAGAAUGUUAAAAAAAAAAACGCAACGUGCUACUGGUAACGGAGGUAUCUCGUCGCCCAGAAAUGUUUACAAAUUAUUUAUUGUCUUUAUUGUGAAUAGAACUUGUAUUUGAGUAAUGAUUGCCGUUUUCAAGCAGUUGUUUUCAGUUUCGUAAAUUCUAAUUAUGUUCAUUGUUUUUGUUGCUGACUGCCCCAGUGACACAAUUAGACAAUGGCAAGAGUGUUUCUCUAUAUUCUCUAUUCUUGAGCGAGUUAAAAAGUGAAUUCCCAGAUUUAAGAUGGAUAUAUCUGUGUAUCAAAUAAUUGUCGAAGACAUCGACAUGAACCUGAAUGACAGCAGCUGUCAAACAAAGGUGUGAAAGUGAGAGGGGGGUGAGGGGAGGGGUACCUUAUUAGGCAGUGUUACCAGUAGACACUCGGGAUGAUCCAAGGAAUCGAAGCGUGACUCAGCGAGAAGUUGGACCAACGUGUCAAGUUGAAUGUUGUGUAGUUCUUCUAUGUCUGACGUAAGAUAAGAACAAAGAAUAACAUAAAAUAUGUGGCCUUUCUAAAACCUAUUGCCCAUAUUGUUAUUGUGAUCAACACAAAAUGGCUAUUUAUCAGACUGUAAUAUACGGAUUCUCCAGACUGCUUGUAACCUGACCAACUCUCAGAAGCAGCAACUCUCAAGGUUGUUGAUUUUUAUUUAUUGCUUUGUGGUACAUGGUUGUUUUUGGUUGACUGCAUCUAUUGUUGACUGGCUCUGUUGUGAUGAGUCCAAAAGAUACAGAGGGGUUGGUUAGACAAGCAGGGAUGAAUGGGUGGGUGGAUGGUUGGUGGGUCAGAGGCACUGGGCAUUGAAAGGGAGUCACACCCAGACACCCAAACCAAGGGCUCCACCUGAACCUCACUCCAAUGAACACUCCCAAUACCACAUGGUUUCCCAAGUCACUAAGAGAGAGAGGAGAGGGGGGACACACACCAAUUCAGCCAGUGAAUCCUAAUUCAUGUUUUUGGGGUUACACAAAUAAACAGGUCCCCACAAUGUCAAGUGGUUCCAAGGCAGCAGAGACUGUUUGCUUCAACUCAAUUUUUUCCACAGAUGUGGUGAUCUGGUUUUUGUUGUGCCGUUAAGUGCUCUCAUCUUCCUGUGCGUCUCCUGUUCGUUACUCUGAAGUGUAAGCUUCGCAUUUUAAUGGGGUAACUGAUGACAGCUGUAGGGUGGAUCCAGUGAGCACAAGUGCAGCAGAGGGCUUUGUGUUGACUGAGAAGUGCCGAUUUGGAGGAUUUGGGAUGAGCUCCUUUUGAUUCAGGGCCUCGUUAGUUAGUUCACAUUCAACGCCCUCCUUCCCAGGGUCGACUACUGCCUGGUGAAUCUGGCAAGUUAAUGUCCCGUCCUGGAGAGGAGAAUAUUAUUGUUUUCUCCUUUGUCAAAGUAAUUUGAAUUGAUUCCGGAGGAUGCUUUUGUAUCGUCUAGGGCUACAUUAUUACGACUCUAGGUCAAGGGUGGGUUUGCCGUGCAGGCACCACUAACAAUGGACACAGUACUGGCAUAAAGUUGUGGAAUGAUAUAUAAUUAUCUUUGUUAUUUGCUUGAAGGAAAUUGUAAAGGUUCCAAUGGAGUAGUUUUCUUUGUCUCCUCCUCUGUUCAUAGUUUGACGUUUUUAUGUAGCAUAUUGGUUUCAACUUAAAUAUCCAUUCACCUUCCUGCUACAAAGGAUCACUAAACCUUACAUCUAUCCUAAGUUAACGCAUGGUUUAAUAUAAUAACAUUGUGGUUAUUACAUAAGUUAUAACUAUCAUACAUAUUAUAUAUGCAAUAACUAUCAUACAUAUUAUAAAGCUUGAGUGUUCCUUCUAACACCCUUAUGAUUAAACCCCAAAUAACAUCAUCACCGCCAUCAUACUCAAUAAAUAAAAAAAUAUUAUAGUUUGAACUCUUCAGCCCUCAGAGCCUCACUGAGUCACUCAGUCAGUGCCAUCUAGGCUUCUGAAGUUUGUGCCCUAGUAGGUGGGGCUAUUUAGUAGCAUUAGGAAAGCACAUCUCCCUCGGUUAGAGGUGUGCAGACAUUUGAUCCACACUGCUAAAGUCCCUGCACAGGGACUGCAGUUGAAAAUAAGCAGGCUGGCUAAAACUGGCACUUUUACUGUAAUGUUGAUUAAUGUGCACUGUCCCUGUAAAACGACAUUGAAUAAAGUAAGUAAAGUAAAGCGUAUUUAGGCUACGGAUGUAAUGGUGUGCUGUGAUUUGUAGUGCUACUUAGAAAGAUGAGCUGAGACCUGACCAUUGAAUAAAUUGCUACUUAUUGUUACCAGACCACAGGACAUACAUAAGCCUCUUAAAGACCCUGCUAAGGGGAGACACUCAGGGAUUCUUAGGGGUGGAACAUAAACAUGCAUUUCAGAAUGAGAACGGUAGCUGCACACCUGCCUAUAUGUCACCACAGGCUGCCGUAGUGGAGUGUUGCAUGUCGUUUCCUGUUGGGUGUAAUAUAUAGUGUACGGCUGUGUUUACCAUAUCCCUCUUGACCUCAAGUGCUACAUUUACAUUUUAGUCAUUUAGCAGACGCUCUUAUCCAGAGCGACUUACAAGCCUUCUCAACAAUUACUCCUUUUUAUUCCCCUCUUUGUCAUAUUACAACGUCUCAGUAUUAGAGUUUAAGGUAAUUUGACAUGAAAUAGCAUUAGCCUGUACUCUCUCACAUCUAGGGCUCUCGCUAAAAGCACUUAAUAUAGUCAGUUUUUACACACUGAUCAAAAACAGAGCAAAUGCACUGCAAUAAAUGACCCAAAAAUGAUGUAUGUGUGGGCCGGAGGUAGCAGACAUGUCAGUUCAAGGAGAGGGGCUGGUUGUUCGUGGCAACACUGUUGAAUGCAGCCAUAACUGUAGCCAUAUCACAGAAUAGUUCUGAUGUCCUUUGGAAACAGGUACAAUAACUAAUCUGUUUAGCAAUGUUUGUACAUAGGAAAUAAAAUAAAGGGGUGUUCUAAAAAUACUUUGAGAUCUACAGUCUCAUUGUACAGAUUGAGACUUGAUGCCAUGUGAAAACAUGUGACUUAAUCUUGGCAGAAAUUAAAAAAAGUGUAACACUUUAAAAUGUUGUAAAGGGGAUAAAGACUAGUGACCAUAGCUGGACUGUCUAAACACUCUGUAGUUGUGAGCAUUUUAGACCUACAUUUGCCAUCUUUUAAAAAGGUAUGUCAAAGGUCAACUAUCAAUUCUGUCUUUGUUUCCAUAGAAGAAGAAAAAACAUACAAAAUUACAAUCCUAGCUAUUCCAAAUUCCUUAUAUUUGAUGAGUGUAUCAGAAAAUUGAAUUAAAUGUGUCCUUGGCUUUUUUAAAACGUUGUCUUUUGUUUCUGCAGGUUGCAAGAUCAAAGCCUUGCGGGCCAAGACCAACACCUACAUCAAGACCCCAGUGAGGGGCGAGGAGCCUGUGUUUCUCAUCACGGGCCGAAAGGAGGAUGUGGCCCUUGCCCGCCGCGAGAUCAUCUCUGCCGCCGAGCACUUCUCCAUGCUCCGAGCGUCCCGCAACAAGCUGGGCGUGUCCUUCAGCGGUUCCCCGCCUGCGCCCCUGCCGGGCCAGACCACCAUCCAGGUAAGGGUGCCCUACCGCGUGGUGGGGCUGGUGGUGGGUCCCAAGGGUUCCACCAUCAAACGCAUCCAACAGCAGACCUGCACCUACAUCGUCACCCCUAGCCGAGACCGUGACCCCGUCUUCGAGAUCACCGGAUCACCCAGCAACGCCGAGAGGGCCCGUGAGGAGAUCGAGGCGCACAUCGCAUUCCGAACGGGGGGUCUGCACGACCACAACAACGAGAAUGACUGCCUGGGGCCGGAUGGUGGCAGCCCAGUAGGCUCCGGGGGUCUGGAGAGCCGCCUGCAGCAGGUGUGGGGGCUGCAGGGGGGCCAGCGAAAGCCGUUGACCAGCAGCUUCCGCCAGAACUUCUCAGAUGCCAUGAUUGGAGGAGGGGAAGGAGGAGGGCUAAUCUACAGCAAGGGCAACUUCAACAGCCCCGGAGAGAAGCCCUGCUCCUACUUUGGCUCAGAGGGCACCCAGAGUUGGGGAGACCCAGACUACCCAAAACAGGUGGCCUUCUACGCCCAGCAGCGCUCCAAGAGCUUUGGAGGUCUGCCCCUGCCCCUGACUAGACUCUCUCCAGGCCUUCCUGAGCCCUGUGGAGGGAACACCGGCAACUCCUCAGGCACCAGCAUCACUAUUCUAUCUGGCUCGCCUCAUGCCCAGGCCCGCCGUGCCCACAGUGAGCCAACCUCGGGCGUGGGGUUCCCUGGACGCCUUCCUGUGCCGGACUCGCCACCGGCCACCCUCCGGGACUGCAUGACCUGCUUCGAGAGCAAAGUGACGGCCGCCCUGGUGCCCUGCGGCCACAACCUCUUCUGCAUGGAGUGUGCCAUCCGCAUCUGUGAGCUCAACCAUCCAGAGUGCCCGGUGUGCCACACCCUGGUCUCUCAGGCUAUCCGAAUAUUCUCCUAA